AAGCAUCUUGCUCUUCACCCACCACCAUACGUCUAGCAGCUUUCGACAAUGGUCAGAAAGCCCAUAGUCAACGGCACAGUCCUUGUUCACGGAGACGGCGCAGUUGCUGGGUCGAAGUUGGAGGUCGCCCCCUCCAUCUCUGUUACCACUACUUUCCGAACGCCCGAGGCUGGUGAUGCCCAAUUCCCUACUGAGGCCCUCGAGUUCCGCAGUCCUGCUCGACAUGUGUAUUCGCGAUACACCCAGGACGUUAGCACGAGGGCUGAGCAUAUUCUGAGCAAAAUCAACCACGGUUUUGCAAUCACUUAUUCCUCUGGUCUCAGCGCAUCGUAUGCCGCACUCGUUGCUCUGCACCCCAAACGUAUUGCAAUCCGGGAGGGAUACCAUGGAUGCCAUGAGACCAUCAAGGUUUACGAGCAGGCCCGUGGCAGCCCGAUCCCUUUGAUUGACCUGGACGACGAGUACCAACCAGGCGAUAUCUGCUGGCUGGAAACCCCUCUCAACCCUACCGGUGAAUCAAGGGACAUCAAGUAUUACGCGGACAAGAUUCACAAAGUUGGAGGCAAACUGCUUGUAGACUCGACCUUUGGACCUCCUCCGCUUCAGUACCCGUUCAAAUUCGGAGCUGACUACAUCCUUCACUCUGGUACUAAAUACUUUGGAGGACAUUCCGAUUUGUUGGCGGGAAUUUUGGUUGUGAACACAAAGGAAGAAUGGGCGAAGCUUUGGCACAACAGAACUUUCACUGGAAACACAUUGGGUAACUUGGAAGCAUGGCUUCUGCUGCGCUCUCUUCGAACGUUGCACCUUCGUGUCCCAAGACAGUCCGAGACAGCAACCAAAUUGGCCCAAUGGUUGAAUGCUGUUGCCUUGACCCCUCCGGGCAAGUCGUACGACGGAGUCCCAGGAGGCACCGUUACCAAAGUUUGGCACUCCUCUCUUCAAGGAAAGGACCAACGUGGCUUUGAACCUUCGCAACAAAUGGAGGGUGGCUACAAUGCAACGUUCUCCAUCAUGCUUAAUGAUCCCGAGCAAGCCGAGAAACUGCAAUGGGUCCUGAAGUACUUUGUUCCUGCAACCAGUCUAGGAGGUGUGGAAUCUUUGAUUGAGAGGCGUAUCAACUCAGAUACUCGCGCGGACCCGAGAUUGAUUCGCUUGAGUAUUGGUGUGGAGGAAUUCGAAGACCUCAGGGAUGAUCUUCGCCAAGCACUUCAAACGGUUGCCCAGCCCAAGGCCAAACUGUAG